AUGGCUCCAUACGGCAUGAGGUAUAGCAACCUGUACGAAUAUUUGUGGCUCCACACGGCAGUUAAUCCUCCAUAAUAUACGGGUGGCUACAUACGGCAAGGGGAGUGUAUCUUAGAGGAGCUUUCGUGACUCCACACGGCAGUUAAUAAUAUACGAAACACUGGCAUCGUUAUCAUCAAUUUCAUCAAUAUCAGAACUUUCACUUUUGUUCGCCCAUAUCUCGCUUUUUUUUCGUUUUAGCGUUUCGCGGUAAAGGACAAAAAUUAAUCCCCUUGUUAUGUUUGAUAUUGUGAUCAAUUUUCAAAACAAUUAAAUCAAAAUUUUCCGAAUUUUCCGAAAAAGUCUAUGAAACUUUGGUACUCGUUUGCCGCGGAACCAUUGGAGAUAGGUCGUUUUACCAAGACGCAAAAAAGUUUUAAUAUAGACCAUUGAACGUGUUUCGACAGUAAAAAGUUGGAAAAAUGCAAAAAUGCAAAAAUACAUCUCAUAAAUUUACGUAAUAUUUACGACCCCCCGCACACAAAACUUCCUCGCCCAAAAACUUGCACAUGUAAUUCCAACUAUUUUAUGUUAUUUGGUAGAUACUAUAUUUUAGAGCCACUAAAGUUUUUACAAAAUAUAAAAAAAAUCUACGGUUUCCAUGAUAAUCAGUUGGAAAGUAGAAAAAUCGAAAUCUUCUCGAUGGAGGUUUUUUGGGGACGAAAUACAAACAAAAAAAUCUAUGAGACGUUCAUCGCUAUUUUGACAUUUUUCCUCAGACCCUAAAGCCAUACUUGAACCAACAAUUAAUAUUCAAUAGAAUAUAAUAAUUCAGUGUUGUAUAAUAAUAUUGUAUUUUUAGAUAUGAACUUUCAGAACGGUUCCCUAAUGAGAAGGGUUAUGGAGUUAAAGUGGUUUGUGCAAAACGUAUUAAUAAAAAACAGGAGAUUAAAGCGUUAGCGGGCCAAUGUUACGAUAUAGAACAGAGUGAUACACGACCUGGAGUAAAUGAUUUCUCGUUAUUGUAUAGUAACCGAACGCAAAAACAACAAAUGAUGUACCUUGGCCCUGCUGCCUACGUUAACCAUGACUGUGAGUCAAACUGUUCCUGGUCAACAUUUAUAUCAAAAUCUUAUGUGCAUUUGGUAUCCAACAAAAAUAUUAAUCCUGGCGAAGAAUUAACAACUUAUUAUGGAGACAAUUUUUUCGGAGAAAACAAUUGCCUAUGUAGGUGUCUAACAUGUGAAAUUGGGGGAAAAGGAUAUUUUGUGAGAAAAUGUGAAGUAGCAACUCAAAGGUACUGUCCUCAAAGGUAACAAUGCUGUUUUUAUUAUACAUUUUAACCCACUGCUAUAUUAAUCAUUCCAGCAUUAUUAAAAACAAAUUUAUGACAAUAUUUUUACAUAAUAUUUUUAUAUUACAGUAGAGCUCAUGGACAUCCACCAAACUAAACAGACCUCGAGUAACAGUACCAGUGAUAGUGACUCCGAUUCUACUGACACUGAUGGUAAUUAAAGAGUAACAACGUAUAUAAAAUAAAUAUAGUAUACAAUACUUAGAGAAAAAAAAAAAAAUUAAAAAUUAAAUAUGAUAUAAGCCAGUAAUUAUAUAAGCAUUAGUUGUAUAAUUAUAACAUAUUAGGUGUGUUAAAUUUUUUUAAUUUUCUUCAUCUUACAUUCAAUAGUUCAACUGAUGAAGAUACACUUAAAUAUAAAAGUGACAAAAGCAAUGAAUAUUUCCAAUUGUUGGUAUCGUCGUCACCUAUCAGUCCACAACCCAUCCAGCUUCAGAUGCAACUAUUGUCCCAAAAUAUUUAG